AUGCCACCCAAAGAGGACUGGGAGAAAUAUGAGAAAAAGGUCGGGGAUGAGAAAGAGGAGAAGAUAGUCGCUCUCGAUGAAUCUGAUAUUCAAAUACUGAAAACAUAUGGUCAAGGACCAUAUUCGUUAGCGUUGAAGAAGAUUGAAUCAGAGCUGAAAGAAAUUCAGAAACGCGUGAAUGAGAAGAUGGGCGUUAGGGAGUCCGAUACAGGUUUGGCAUCAGCAAACUUGUGGGAUGUGGCUGCCGAUAAGCAGAGACAAGGUCAAAGACCAUUACAAGUCGCUCGAUGUCAAACCAUCAUUAAAGCUACCAACCCUCAGCCAGAAGGACAAGCAUUGAAUCCGCAAGAUGGCGCCGGUGCUGGAAAUCCCGAAGGAGACAAAUAUGUUAUAUCGAUCAAGCAAGUGGCCAAAUUCGUAGUCGGUUUGGGUGAACAGGUGGCUCCAACAGAUGUUGAGGAGGGUAUGCGAGUCGGAGUCGAUCACACCAAUUACAAGAUCAUGAUCCCCUUACCACCCAAGAUAGAUCCUUCCGUUACUAUGAUGCAGGUUGAGGAAAGACCAUCUAUCACGUAUGCGGACGUCGGAGGAUGUAAGGAGCAGAUUGAGAAGCUUAGAGAGGUCGUGGAGCUGCCUUUACUAGAACCUGAGCGAUUCGCCAAUCUUGGUAUUGAACCACCCAAAGGUGUCCUGCUCUACGGUCCUCCCGGUACUGGUAAAACCCUCUGUGCACGAGCUGUAGCCAACAGGACAGACAGUACCUUCAUUCGAGUCAUUGGUUCCGAAUUGGUGCAGAAAUACAUUGGUGAAGGUGCAAGAAUGGUACGAGAGUUAUUCGAGAUGGCUCGAUCGAAAAAAGCUUGUAUCAUCUUCUUCGAUGAAGUCGAUGCUAUCGGUGGAGCGAGAUUCGAUGAUGGUGCAGGUGGGGAUAACGAAGUACAAAGAACCAUGUUGGAAUUGAUCAAUCAGUUGGACGGUUUCGAUGCUAGAGGAAACAUCAAAGUCAUCAUGGCUACCAAUAGACCUGAUACCCUUGAUCCUGCUUUAUUGAGACCUGGUAGAUUGGAUAGAAAAGUAGAGUUCAGUUUACCUGAUAAUGAAGGGCGAAGCCAUAUUUUGAAAAUCCACGGAAAGAGUAUGAGUGUCGAACGAGAUAUCCGAUAUGACCUCAUCGCUCGAUUGUGUCCUAAUGCUACUGGUGCCGAGUUGAAAUCUGUUGCUACCGAGGCCGGUAUGUUCGCUAUCCGAGCACGAAGAAAGGUAGCUACCGAACGAGAUUUCCUCGAUGCUGUCGAGAAAGUCAUUAGGCAAGGUACCAAAUUCUCAAGUACAGCAUUAUACGCUCAGUACAACUAG